AUCCCGCCUCCGUCAGAAACACCCAAUACUUUCCUUUAACAUCUCGACGCCUCGAUUCCAUCCUCCAUUGCCACCAAACACUCGCCUGAAGCCACCACCUGCCCAAACCAGCCCAAGCACGCUGUACCCCAGAUUCUGCCCAGCCAACCAAGCGGGAGCGCUAGCCUGUCCCUCUCUAGCACCAGAAUGUCCAGUGACCCGGACACUUUUGGCUGGCCAAGGUCGCUGGAGCGUCACUGACAGCACCUCAUUGACAAUCCUGCUGGGCAGACGGGCAAGCUCCAUGUCUCAAGUUCCAGUUGACGUAACGACCAUGUCUCGCCUGCAAAAACCUGCACCCUCGUCUCUCUUCUCCUCCCUGCACCUCCUCGUCCAAUGACCGACCUCCUCUGCUGGCGUCCUGCACAAGACCUGCAUACACCUAAGCCAUGUCGGCGGCAUCGCUGCCAGACGACGGCCGUCAGGCCUCAACCGCAUCCUCCUCCUCAGCCCGGCCCGGCCACGCCGCCACCUCCGGCAUCAACUUGGGCCACCACCACACUACCUCAACCACAGCAACAGCCUCCUCCUCCUCUGCCGGCAACGCUCCUCCAGGCCACUUCCUCCGCCGCGCCAGAACCGUCGACGAGCCCUCGAUGCGGUCCGCAUCCAUGUCGCGGCACAUGUCGUCCGACUCGUCCUCCGAGGCGCCUCCGCGCCGGAGCUCCAACUUUUCGGAAUACAGCCUCAGCGAGGCACGCGACAUCCUGAAUCCCAGGCCGUAUCCUCAGGGCGAGCAGGUCUCGGACCAUGAGGCUUCGCCGCUGGCCUCGUUGUCGCUGGCUUUUGCCCUUUUGCCUGCUAUAGCGGGGGUUCUCUUUCAGAAUGGCACGUCUGUUGCUACCGACAUUAUGCUCCUGGGCCUUGCGGCCAUAUUCCUCCAUUGGUCGGUCACGCAGCCUUGGCAAUGGUAUCACGCAGCGCAGGAGGUCCGCGUCCUUGAAGAGCAUUCCAUCAACAUGACAUCCCUCGAAGCGGACGGCGGCCUCGACUCGCAGACCAAAUCUCCGAAUCCCAACGGACCGCUUGAUGAUGUCCCCGAAGAACAAGAAGCAAGUGAAGGUGACGAUUCAAGCGCCGACAAGAGAGAGGCUCGAAUCGAACAGAUGACGGCACAGCAACAAGCUGCACUCAGGGAGCUCUAUCGUCAUGAAAGCCUCGCUCUCGCGUCGUGCUUUUUGAUGCCAAUGCUCAGCGCAUAUCUCCUGCAUUAUAUCAGAGGCCAACUGACGCGGCCGUCCGAGGGCCUCGUCUCUAACUUCAACCUGACCAUUUUCAUCAUGGUUGCUGAGCUGCGUGUGUUGUCGCACAUCAUCACACUCGUCCAGUCGCGGACUCUGCAUCUUCAGAAGAUAGUGCAGGAUAGUCCGCUUGGCCGACAACAAGCUGGUACUGAAACACUUCUCCAAGAAAUGCUCAAGAGGUUAGAGAGGCUAGAGUCUUUGUCAACAUCUCAGAGCAAUACACUGGCCGGUCAUGGGGAGUCAUUGAGCUCUACGACCGCGACAGUCAGCCGAGAGGUCAGAAACACGAUCCAGCCAGAGCUCGAUGCCUUGAACCGCGCAGUCAGGCGGUAUGAGAAGAAGGCGACGCUCCUGCAGCUGCAGACUGAGUCGAGAUUCACUCAAAUGCACGCAAGACUAGACGACGCCAUUUCGUUAGCAGCCGCGGCAGCGAAGAACUCGAAUCGACGACAGAACUUGCUACCGUGGGUUUGGAACAUGAUUGUGACGGCGGCAACUUUUCCUUUCAAAGCUGUCCUGGAGAUACUCGCGCUGCCGCUGAAGCCCAUCGUCGCAUUUGCCAACAGGAACAAACAGACAUCCUCUAGUACCCUUCGGCCACCUCGUAGCCGGCCAGGAAAGCUUCCAGCAUCAGUCAAGUAUAACGGCGAUCGAGUGCCGACGAGGAUAGUCAAGAGAUGA